UUCCUGGUACAGGGUGGGGGGUUAAGAGUGUGUGCAUAUGGAGACUGUGUAUAUAAGCCAUUUGGUGGACUGUUGUGCAGUUCCUCCUGGUUUCACAGAGAGAGCAUCAGGCAGCAUGACCUCACAGCGAUGGAUGCUGGCAUUCUGCUUUUCACUGGCCUCAGUUUUACGCCCAGGGAAAUUGGUCACAACAACAGAAACUCAGAAAUACACUUGCAGGACAUUCGGCAGCGGGGUUGUCCAGCCUUUCAACGGUUCAAGUUUCUACGUUCGCUCCAACUGCCCGUUCACCCUAACCCGUUUCACCCACAACCGGGUGGAAUGUGACAUCACCACACGGCGUGGUGACAACGGGCUGCUGGUCCAUGUUGAGGUCAUGAUCAACAAAGUCAGGACUGUUCUGCAGAAUGGGAGCAUCCUGGUGGAGAAGAAAAGUGUUUCCCUGCCAUACGACCACACCUACCAGCAUAUCUUUCACUAUGGCAUCUACACUAAACUGAAGAGCUCGCUGCUCCCACUGUCUGUCACCUGGCACAAUGUGCCUGGAGGAAUAGACUCUUUGCGGGUGGAGCUAGAGCAGAAGCUGAGCACCGACAUGACUGGACUGUGUGGAAAACACAACAUCGCAGGCAACAAGAAGCAGUUGGUUAUGGACAGCGUACUUGCCGAGGACACAUGUCAAACCCGAGAUCCUGUGUCCGUUGUAAAUCCAGUAUGCAGGACGUUCGUUUCCAACGCCUUGGAAUGUCUGCGAGGCAUGGCGCCUCAAUAUAUCCAACUCUGUCAAGAGAACAUUUACGGCUUUGAAAUGAGCAAAUAUAUCGGCUGCGCUUUCUUCGAUGAAGUUGUCGAACAGUGUGGAAACAACAGCUAUGUCUGGAAGAUAUGGAGAACUUUAACCAAAUGUGCGCAACCAAGUUGUUCAGGAGACCUGGUUUACGUAGAACAGGGUGCGGCAUUUGUUCCCAGCUGCUCAAAUCCAAACCCUGGAUUCUCCAACCAAGAACUCACUAGAUCCUGUGUCUGCCCAAAGGACAAGUUGCUUAAUGAUCACGCAGAUGGCUUCCACUGUGUGAGCGUGUCCAGCUGCCCCUGUGUCUUUGCUGGUAGAAGAUACUCACCCAGAGACACGCGCAGAUCUAAGUGUCAGUCAUGUUUGUGUGACAGUGGGGAAUGGAAAUGCUCUGAAAACAACUGCCCCACCAGAUGUCUCAUUGAAGGGCAGUUUGUGACAACAUUUGAUGGCAAACAAUAUGCCCUCCCCAGUAAAUGUACAUAUGUGGCUUCACAGGGUCUCAACUGGACGAUAACAAUCAAGUUUUCUGAUGAGGCACCGUCUCUGAAAACAGUCACUCUUCUGCUUUCUCAGGACAUGUACAUGUUUUCACAUAACAUGGUUAAAUUUGGAGAGGAGGAGAUCACUGAACUUCAUCAGUCUGAGCACGCUCUGGUUUUCUGGCAGUCCUCCAUGUAUGUCCAGGUCCACACAUCCUUUGGUAUGAAGAUCCAAGUCCAGGUGUUUCCUGAAAUCCAGCUGUACAUCACCCCACCCAGAAACCACACAGAGGGGGUCUCAGGUCUUUGUGGAAACCACAACAGUGACACCACAGAUGACUUCACCACCAGCAGUGGGAUCAUCGAGAACUCCGCUCAACAUUUUGCUCUGUCCUGGAGUCUGGGUGCUUGUGCGGGGAACAUACCCCCCACCUGCAUCAACACAGGCAAUGAAAUAUUUGCUGAUGAAAAGUGCUCUGUGUUGAACAACCGAACUGGAGUGUUUGCUCCAUGCCACGGUUAUAUCCCAACUGAUCAGUACCACACGGCUUGCCUCCAAAGAACAUGUAACUGCGGUAGCAGUCUGCAGCAGUGCCUGUGUGUUGCCCUGGGCAGCUAUGCCAAAGCCUGUGCCAAUAUGGGUGUUGUAAUUGGUGACUGGAGGACAGCCACCAACUGCAAUCUGAAAUGUCAGAAGAACCAAGAAUUCUCCUACAACAUGCAAGCCUGCAACCACACAUGCCGUUCCCUGUCUGGCCCUGACCCUCGCUGUGGGCUGGAAGACGCUCCUGUGGAGGGCUGUGGCUGUCCGGAGGGGACUCACCUGAACCAAGGACACAUCUGUUCCCCAAAGGCAGAGUGCGUUUGUCACUACUACCGCGGUACAACACCCCCAGGCUCUGUUGUUAUUGACAGUCGGCAGUGUGUCUGUGAGAAUGGAGAACUGAAAUGUUCUCAAGAUUGUGGGUGCAAAAAUGGGAAGGUUUGUGUUCAUUGCUCCGAGAAUCCUGUUAACCCAGCUCAGAAAACCUGUGACAGUCUCAGCAAACCAAUGGGUGCCAAAAUUACCUGUGAGAGUGGCUGUUACUGCCCAAAUGACCAGUACGAAGAUCACCGUGGAAACUGUGCUUCUCUGCACAACUGCACCUGUGUGUACAGUGGCAAAGUAUUCAACGCAGGACAGCAUGUCAAAACCAACUGUAAAACAUGUACCUGUGGUCAGGGUCAGUGGGACUGCAAAGACGAGCCGUGCCAUGGGAAGUGUCAAGUUUACGGGAACGGACACUACCAGACCUUUGACUCCAAAUGGUACCGCUUUGAUGGACAAUGUCAAUACACGCUUGCAGAGGAUGACUGUGGAAAUAGAAACGGCACCUUCUCUGUCAGAGCGGAGAGUGUCCCCUGCUGUGAUGAGGCGCUUACCUGCUCUCGCUCUAUCGUCCUCGACUUUAAGGGCGAGGUCACCCUGACACUGAGUGACAUGAAGGUGACCAGACGCCAUCAUAAAGGCUGGACUCUGCAGGACCAUUCACUUUACUCCACACACACUGUGGGACUCUACAUCAUAAUCUCAGUGCCAAGCAGAGGGAUAACUCUCAUCUGGGACAAACACACCCGGAUCACCAUAGAGCUGCAUGAAUACUGGAGGAACAGAGUGUGUGGCCUCUGUGGGAAUUUUGACUUCAACGAGAUGAAUGACCUACAGAUAAGUGGCUCAGCAGUGGUGUCCAGUCCCCUGGCAUUUGGCAACAGCUGGAAAGCCGCCACACCCCCUUGCUCUGAUGUGACCACUGAGAUAUUUCCAUGUGAACGCAACUCUUACUGCUUAGCCUGGGCCCAGCGGCGCUGUAUGAUCAUUACAGGAGACAUAUUCAAUGCUUGCCACUCAAAGGUGGAGCCAGAACCCUACUACCAAGCCUGUGUUCAGGAGUCCUGCUCCUGUGAGUUUGAAGGGAAGUUCUUGGGCUUCUGCACAGCUGUGGCAGCCUACGCAGAGGCCUGCAGUGACCAGGACGUGUGUGUAAAAUGGAGGACACCUGAUUUGUGCCCGGUCUACUGUGACUUCUACAACGAGCAAGGCCAGUGUAGCUGGCACUAUGAAGCUUGUGGUGAGAUGCUAACCUGCGGCAAAGACAACUACAUCAAACACAAGCUGGAAGGUUGCUACCCCAGAUGUUCAUGGGAAGUGCCAUACUAUGAUGAAAAUACUAGUGAAUGCACUAAAUUGAGCAACUGCACCUGUUAUUUUAAUGACACUGUCAUUCAGCCUGGGGCAGCGGUGAUGAUACAGUCUAUGAAGUGCCGCUGUGAAAAUGGAACAAUAAACUGUCCACCUCCACCCACCCCUACACCUACCACCACUUUUACGUCUACCACUCCUACCACAACUGCUUCAACGACCACUAAAACGACCAUGUUUUCCACCACCUCUACACCAAUGACGGCCAUUACCAAUGUCUCAACUACUACUGAAAAAUGGUCAACUAGGCUUUCCACCUUCUAUGUACCAGCAACUACAACUACCAUUAAAACAACCAUAUUUUCCACCACCUCUUCACCUACAACUACAGCUGAAACACGGUCGACAACGCCCCCUGCCCCUUCUACACCAAUGACAAUGAUCACCAAUGUCUCAACUACUCCUGAAAAAUGGUCAACUGGGCUUUCCACUUUCUCUGUACCUACAACUGCUUCAACUACCACUGAAACAACCAUGUUUUCCACCACCUCUACACCAACACCUGCAGCUGAAACGCCCCCCACCCCCUCUACACCAAUGACAACCAUUACCAAUGUCUCAACUUCUACUGAAAAAUGGUCAACUGGGCUUUCCACCUCUUAUGUGCCAGCAACUACAACUGCUUCAACUACCACUGAAACAACCAUGUUUUCCACCACCUCUACACCAACAACUACAGCUGAAACACGGUUGACAACGCCUCCCACCACCCCUACACCAAUGACAAUGGUCACCAAUGUCUCAACUUCUACUGAAAUAUGGUCAACUUGGCUUUCCAUCUCCUCUGUACCAGCAAGUACAACUGCUUCACCUACCACUGAAACAACCAUGUUUUCCACAACCUCUACACCAACAACUACAGCUGAAACACGGUUGACAACGCCUCCCACCACCUCUACACCAAUGACAAUGGUCACCAAUGUCUCAACUACUACUGAAAAAUUGUCAACUGGGCUUUCCACCACUUCUACACCAACACCAACAACUACCUCAACUACCACUGUAGCCCCAGUAACCCCUACAGAAGUGACAAACCCAACAGGAACCAUCACUAGCUCGAGCACCACACCAUCUACAACUAGAAUUAACACUACUACUUCAGUGACAACUGCUGCCUCAACAGAUUCACAGCCCACAGAGACAGUUAUACCAACAGAUACCAGCAUAUUUCAACCAACAACAAAACAGCCAACAGAAACGACACUUCAAUUAUCAACCACCUCUGAAACCACUGCUACAUCUGCUGAAACCUCAGGUCAGACUGAAGUAACUAUAACAGUGAACUCUCCCACUACCUUCCCAGAAACAACAAAGUCUCAUUCAGUGACAUCUACAUAUCCCAUGGGUCCACCAACAACCUAUAUCACUGAGAUGUCAACAACGGAAGAAUUUACAAAUGGGACUACCACCACUGAACGGACAACCUCUGAAAAAGCUGGCACAAUCAUGACAGAAUAUACAAUGCAAACUUCCACUCCACCAGUGUGUAAGUGUAAAGACCUGAAGAGGAGAGAAGAGUGGAAUUGUGGUGAGACGUGGACAGAGGACUGUUUUCAUAAAAACUGUACAGAUGGGAAGAUAGAGUUGACUUCGGUUGUUUGUCCAGAGUCUACAAUUCCAAACUGCCCCAGAGACCAGGUCACAAGAAUCUCAGAUGGAUGCUGUGAAACAUGGAAGUGUGACUGUCGCUGUGAGCUAUAUGGAGAUCCCCACUACAUCUCUUUCCAAGGUGUAACCUUUGAUUUCCUGGACGAUUGCACCUACAUCCUGGUGGAGGAGCAGUCCCCACAUCAUAAUCUGACCAUUGCUGUGGACAACUUCUACUGUGUGCAGGGACUCCAAGGCUCCUGUGCUAAAGGCAUCAUCCUGAAAUAUCAGAACACCAUAGCUGCACUCAGUAUCCUUCCUGAUAUGUUUGAAGUGCAGGCCACUCUGAACAACGUAACCAUUGAGCCCCCAUAUGAGGAACAUGGGUUGAGGUUUGAGACCACAGGGUACAUAGUGUCAAUCUACAUCCCAGAGGUCCGCUCUUAUGUCUCCCUCAGUCCCGGGUAUACCCUGGUGGUCAGUCUGGCUAUGGAACACUUCUUCAACAACACCCAGGGACAAUGUGGUGUAUGUGGUGGUGGAUCAUGUAUCCGUAAAGGAGGGCAGAUCGAGGAUGAUAGUUGCUGUGAUAAGACGGCCUAUGACUGGGUGUCCGCUGACCCGCUGAAGCCAGCCUGUGCUUCUGCACCAAGGGACAGACCUUGUCAUGGAACAACUAUCAUACCCACUCCAACCCCUUGCCCUGCUAGCCCACUAUGCGAGCUGCUAGACCACCCUUGUUGCAUCUUGUUUGAUUCAUGCAGAAAUGGUCCUUGCUCUUCACUAGAACAAGCUGCUGAUGAAUGCAAGAAGGCUGGUUUCUGUAUUGACUGGAGAGAACUGACUGAUGGAAGCUGUAAUGUGACAUGUCCAAAAGGAUUGGUUUACAGAGAAUGUCAUAACAAGCUGGAUGACUUUUGCGAUGGAGGGAGACAAUAUCCAGGAGCCUCGCUUGAGAAAACCAAGGCAGGCUGUUUUUGUCCCAGCGGACACUUCAGGGCAGGAAAUCACUCACACGUCUGUGUGUCUGACUGUGCCUAUUGUAAAGGACCACUCGGUGAGCCCAUGCUACCUGGUGAGGUAUGGCAGUCCGGCUGUCAAAUGUGUACAUGCAACAACCAGACUCGUACAGAGAAGUGUGUUCCAAAACGUCCUGAGCCAGCUCCCCUGUGUGGCCCUAAUGCUGUACUGGUAAACACCUCUUGCUGUGGUGAUGAGAUUUGUGUUGAGAAGACAUGCAGUUAUAAUGGACAAACAUACAAGGUUGGAGACAGAUGGACGGACGCAGCCCAUCCCUGCAUGUCAUAUAAUUGCAGCAAAGAGGGUAUUCAGACUGAGACUAGAGUCUGUCCCACAGUAGAGUGUCAGGAGGAGGACAGAAUUUGGGAUGAUCAACACUGCUGCUUUACAUGUAACCAUAGGUGUGCUCCAAAGGUGACCAGUAUCACUGUCACCGUAAACAACUGUACCAGCGUCAUGCAAAUACCUGUGUGUCAGGGCCAAUGUGUGUCUCAGCCCAGUGUUGUGUUACACGGUGAGCUGCAGGUGGAGCAGAAGUGCACAUGCUGUCAGGAGUUGAGCUCAGAGAAGAUACCAGUGACUCUGCAGUGCUUUGACAGCACGAUCAAACACUACACCUACAAGCAUAUCACCAGCUGUGAGUGCCGAGCCUGCAGCAUACUGAACUGAAAAGUCCUGACAGCUCAGACUGGUGUUCUCCUUCAGAUAUCCAAAUUAGAAUCUAAUACAUUCAAAUUUAAUGGAUUACUAAUUGAAAAUCCCUCCAACUGAACACAUUUCUUUUCUGUAUUUAAAGCAAUUACUGAAUCUGUUUUCUGUCAAAUAAACCAAAUAUGCAUACA